UUUCAAAAAAACGCAAAUAUUUGGAGGUCUUGCGGGAAUAAUAUCUGAACAAGCAGAACAAGAUGAUGAAAGAUUAAGUAAUUUAAACUAUAAAUCGGCCAUGAAAAGAUUAAGCCCAAAUUUUGGUCCAAACUAUAUGAAUCGCUCGAGAUCAUUAGCUUCUCUUAGAUCCGAAAAUUUUACGCAAUCGACCAAGGCUACUAUAGCUUCACAAUCUUCGGCAACCAAUUCUUUUAUUACAAAGAUUGGAAAGGCUGGAAACAAAUCACACACUGAUGUAGUUGAAGAGAUCUUCAUGGGUACGACAGUUUUCGACGAUGAAGAUAAUAGAUCGGUGCAUACCACCGCUAAUUAA